CAAUUAAUCUAUUGUUCCAGACGAAUGAUUACGGGUGUGUAGGAUGAUGAAAGGGAAACUGAUGAAGAGUUUGUUCCGGGGAAAGGGUGGUGUGCCGAGAACUCCAUGUCCCAACGGCUCCGACGAGGGAGAGAUGGACGGGGACCGAGUAUCACGUCUCCGGGCCCACUCGGAUGAGCAGAACUCGAAUAAUUCUCUGGAUUCUCCGAAUUCUGAGUCCCCGAAAUCCUGGCCCUCGACAUUUGCCACACCCAUGAGCUACAUCAAGGGGAAGAAGAGAAAGCACAGUAGGUUCCUCUCCUCCCCCCUGGAGCAUGAUAGAAGUGAUGACGUAUUCGGAGCAGAGGAACAUAAUCUCAGCCAGAGUAUUCAUAGUGACUCCGCCUCAUUCAUGUCGUUUAACAACUCCCCGGCCCCAGGGGAGGAGGAGGGGGACGGAGGAGUGCCAAGUAAACAGAACCAUGUUGACCAGGUUAAACUACAGCAGCUCCAGCUCCAGGUUGAGGUACAGCAGAAGAUGAUUGCUGAGUAUGAGUUAGAGAAGAACAAGAACGAGGCACGGAUUCAAGUCCUGAACCAGGAGCUCGGAGACAAGAAUAACGAGGCCAAGGUGUUAAGAGACGAGAUCCAUGGAAAGAAAAGACUUGAAAUCCAGGUUCAGGAUCUAAGAGAGAGAUUACAACAUCUGGAGUCGGAAAAUAGAAACUUGCAACAUAGAGUUAAUGAAGCGUCCCCCUUAACCGAUCAUCAGAAGGAACUUCUUCUUCAAAACAGAAUAAAAUCCUGCUCCGCUCCUCCCAGUAUAAUGGCCGGUAGUCUAGACGGUCAGACCGCAGGUCUAGCGGAUAGUGGAGAGGAGUUAAGUUGUGAAUGGGAGAUUAAAUCUAGCGGUGGAAGCUCUGUACACAGUCAAGUUAGUGUAGCUUGUCUCCAGGAUAAGCUGGUUCAGAUGGAGGAGAAUAACUACUCAACCCACGAGGAGCUCCAGGCUACCCUCCAGGAACUAACUGAUCUCCAACAUCAGCUGGAGGAACUACAAUCAGAGAACCGAACUCUGGCCGGAGAAAAGAGUCUUCUUUAUGAAUCGUUGUGUGAGCAAACAGAGAAACUCGAGGCUUGUAGGAGCCAGCUUGAGUCUACUCGCCAGCUCCUGCUGCACAAAGAAGACAGUGGAUCAAUGGAUAAUCCUGAACGUGAAAAGAAACUAAUCGAUGUACUAAAAUCCGCUCAGGAAGAGCGUGAUCGAUUGGAAAGUAAAGGAGCUGAGCUGACCGCUACUGUAGACGAGCUGAGGGCUGCUGCCGAGGCCGCGUCUAGAGAAAUGAUUCUGGUCCAGGAGAGGAUGGCGUUCUUGGAGCGAACUCUACACACGGUUAGAAUGGAGAAGGAGCAUGCGGAGCGGGAGCUAAAUGAUCUUAAAAACGAUCUAAGUUGUAAAAGCAUGGAGUUAUCCAGACUUCUAACACUAAACGAGAACUUUAAAACUAAACUUGAAGAACUAGAAGCUGCCAGGGAUGCUGUUGAUAAAACCGAGAUUGAAGCUAAGCUGGAUGAGUUGAGACGGGAGAAGGACGGAUUGGAAACUCUACUCAACGAGGCCAGUCAGCAGAGAGAUAAACUAGAAUUUGAGAUCAGUAAACUCAAGGAUUCAACCAACAACCAGAAACAAGAACUAGAAUUCCAACUUCAAGCUAAAAUUGAUGAAAUUGAAAUACUCAAGACCAAGGCUGCGAAGGUAGGAGAGGAGCGGAGCUGUUUACUCUCUGAGCGAGAGGAGCUUCAGAACUCUGUAGCUGAGCUCCAGGUUAAGUGUCAGCAUCAUCUUACAGAUAAAAGGGAGCUGAGAGCAUCUCUCUCAGAAAUACAGAAAACAAAUUCAGAAAUGCAGUCCCGGUUGGCUGAGAUAGAGUCCCAGCUGUCAAAUGAGAAGACCCGACGAAUAUCUGAUGCUGAAGAAUGGAAACAGUUUCAAGCUGAUCUACUCAUGACAGUUCGCGUUGCUAAUGAUUUUCAGACGGAGGCCCAGUCGAACCUCGAGGCCGUGACGAGUGAAACUGAGCAGCUGCGUGAGAAAAUAAGAAACCUUGAGGUUGAUAAUGACAGGCUGAGACUCGAGGCUAUUGCUCAACCUCCCCGAACAACCUCCGUUACAACUUCUCCAAUUCAGACGUCUGAAGGAUUGAGUAGUUUAAGAAACAAGUAUCUAGCAAGAGCUCAGGAUAACAAAGCAACUGUCAAGGGAUUAAUCGAUUCUAUAGAGAGUGCUGCCAAGGCUAAAACUGCAAAUUACUCCCGAACUUCCUCAACCCCAACCAUGCCAACCCUGUCUCCGAUAUCGGAGAAUCCGGCCAAACCCGUCUUUGCUCCGUCCUCUCCGACCCCGAGCAAAGAACCUCUGGCCUCCUCCGCCUCUCCUCUCAUCUCGGAGUCAGAUUCUCCGGUUUCCAUUCUUACAAAUAAGAAUUCUACUCGCCAGGUUCGAGUUUUCGAUUCCUUCUCCGGAGCCGACCCCCUGGCUAGCCUCGUGAAGAACGGAGGAUCAAAACGUAACGCUUUGCUAAAAUGGUGUCAGAGCAAAACCUCUGGUUAUGUUGAUGUUGAUAUAACCAACUUCUCCAGCUCUUGGAAUGACGGGGUUGCGUUCUGUGCCCUGCUCCAUACUUACAUCCCGGAGAAGAUCCCAUACUCAACCCUUAAUCCUUGUGAGAAGAGGAGAAACUUCACAAUUGCCUUCACUGCCGCUGAAUCUGUUGGGAUACAAACUAUCCUCAAUCUAACCGAGAUGGUUUCAAUAGAGCGUCCUGACUGGCAGCAGAUUAUGACAUAUGUCACUAAUAUCUACAGACAUUUUGAAACCUAGACAAAUCAAUUUUCUAAUUUUAUAUUUUUUGAUCGAAAGAAACUGUUGGCUGUACCCAUACAUCCGUGACAAUAUCCGGCCUAUUCUCUAAACAUGAGAGAAAAUAAUUCAAUAUUUUUUAAAUUAUCUAUUCAACUAGUCUCCAACACAUUGUUGUGUUAUGCCAUAAUUAAUAUAUUUAGACCCUUUGUCUAAUGAUGAUUCAAUCCGUAGUUUAUCUCUUGAUUCGGGCUUCAAAACCCUUGCGGAAAUAAUAAUUUCAGAUAAAAAAUUGAAUUUUGAAUUUAGAUAUUUUCCCGUUUUAAUAUUUCGCUUGAAGGGACCGUAAACGUAAUUUAAAGUGACCUACUUUU